AAAUUUCAUUUCCUUAGACAGAGCAAAGCUCUAUAUGCUGAUUUCAACUGAUUUUUACUUAUGUGUUUAAUUCACAUGAUAGUAUGUAUAUUGUGUAACUUUACCGUCCCCACUUCUGGAUCAUUUUUUGGACAGAGUUUGAUUGAAUGUCACUUAUUCAUCAGAGUAAUUAGCUGAAGCAUCUAUUUUCCUGCUACUGCUGAAUCAAUGGGUUCUUUCUGUCCGUACUCGGAUUGAAGCCAUUAUUUAGUAUGGAGAGAAAUACCAAAAAGAGCAAUUAAAGGAAAAGAAUCGGAAUAGGGCAGAAUGCUCAGUGAAGAACUUUCCAGGUUGCCUUUGCUCGAGGGAAUGGUCACCACCAGGGCAGAACUCCAUCACCAAGCAAGCCCAUUUCUCGAUCUUGAAUUGUGAAUACAAACAAAGUGGCCAAAAUGGAUGAUUCAGAGACUGGAUAAUAAGCUUAUUACCAAAGUGAUUUUUAGAUUUUGUUCAACAUACUUGACGGUAUGUACACGUAACUUUGCAUACUAUACGCUUCAUCUAAACUGCCCACAAUAUGAGUAUGUUGUUGCAACUUAAGUUUCCCCGCGGCGUAGCAGCGGGCAUUUUUUCUAGUUCAUUAUUUAAACGGUUAAUUUUGACUAUGGUAAAUUGUUUUUAUAGUUGAAAUAAACAAAGUUCAACAAUUUGCCAAUGAGAAUCUUUUUACUUUAUAAGAAAUGCACAAAUUUUAAAUGUAGUAGAAGGGGGAAAAAACAACAAUUAUAUAUAUCUAUGGCACGAAUUAAAUUCACAUCGGCAAUAAAGUUGCAAAGUACAAACUAUCUCCCCACCACAGAGCAACCGUCCAAUGUCGAACUCGAGGCCGAGGACCGUAAUCUGCGUGGGCGACAUCCAUGGCUACAUCACGAAGCUCCAAAACCUCUGGUCCAAUCUCGAAACCCUAACCGACCCGGCAGAUUUCUCCAACGCACUCGUCAUCUUCCUCGGCGAUUACUGCGACCGCGGCCCGGACACCAAGAAAGUCAUGGACUUUCUAAUCGGCCUCCCUGCCAAGUACCCGAACCAGAGCCACGUGUUCCUCUCCGGCAACCACGACCUCGCCUUCGGGGCGUUCCUCGGGCUUCUUCCGGGGAACGCCGAGUCUUUCCGUGAAGGAUGGAAAGAGUACGAGGCUAAUAAGGAGAGAGAAGGGUGGUACGAAGGGGAUGGAUAUGAGGAAAUGUAUCUGCAAGGGAGGAGGUGGGCUGGGAAGAUCACUGUGAAGGUGAAUGUUGCGAAAGGGACCGAUUACCUGGGUUCGAUUUAUGAUGCUGGCCCGACUUUUGAGUCGUACGGCGUCGAGCAUGGAUCUUCUGAUUUGAGGAAGGCAGUUCCUGAAAGCCACAGGGAGUUUCUGGCUAAUAUGGCUUGGGUCCAUGAAGAAGAAGAUGUGUGCAUAGAGAACGAAGGACAGCUUAAACACUGCAGAUUGAUCGCAGUCCAUGCCGGUCUGGAAAAGGGGAAAGACGUGCAGGAACAGCUGAAGCUCUUGAAAGCUAAAGACACCCUAGUGCCAAAGAUCGAGCCUUUGAGCGGGAGGAAGAACGUAUGGAACAUCCCACAGGAGUUGACCGAAAAGCCAACAGUCGUGGUUAGCGGCCACCAUGGCAAGCUUCACAUUGAAGGUCUUCGAUUGAUCAUUGACGAAGGUGGCGGCCUGCCAGAUAAACCCAUCGCUGCAAUCAUCCUUCCCUCGAUGAAAUUAGUCCGCGACACUGACGACAUUUCGUCGAAAUAAUAGGCCAGAUUGAUUUGCGAGACAACCAUCUACCGAUCAUGUAUGACUUAUUUACUACUGUGUGCUGUAACCUUGUAGUUGUGUGCCCUUUUCGCUCCUGUGGGCAGGAAACCUCUGUGUUCUUAAGACUGUAGCUAGUGUAAGAGGACUAUAUAUAUGACAUAAGAACUCCAUCUCACAGUCACAGGCUGUGUGAAUUUGGGUUGGAAUCAUUUGGCAUUGUGCUCUGGCAUAUUCCAGUCCAUUUUGAUGGGGAACUGGAAAAGCAGUAAAGAACAAAUUAGUACUGUUUCGACAUUAUUAAUAUCUUGCUCUACUUCUGUCAUUUUCGUCCCCCGAAAGAGAAAGGAAACCGUAAUUCAACUUUCACGUUACAAAAGAUUCCACAAAGAUUUCAUAGAAAAGGAAAGAAGGUUCUCAAAGAAAGGAAAAUCUCCCAA